UCAGCUGUGAUUCUCUUCCUCCCUCUCAUAAUUUAAAGGUCCACAUUUAUUUUGGAAAGAGUUUGCUGCGCGUGUGUAGUUGUUGCGUGAUAUAUAUUGAAUGCGCGGACUAAGGAAGACGGUGUAGUAGUCACACAAUCAAAACAUAUCGCCCCCAUGUGCGACUAUGCGAAAUGGCGAAACACAAACAAUAAACAGAAGCGCCCAACGAAAAAAGCGUUGUUCGGAGAGUCGUUGUCAACACAUCGUGACUCGACGGACUCGACGCAGCAUUCGAGUGAAUUGAGUAAUAAAAAAAUGGCUGGAUCUCGUGGUAUUUUGAGUUUGCGGUUCAACCAAGAUCAAGGAUGUUUCACCUGUUGUAUGGAAUCAGGCCUGAGAAUAUACAAUGUAGAGCCUCUAGUUGAGAAAGCACAUUUCGAUAAUGAUCUACUGGGAAGUGUUUCCAUCGGAGAAAUGCUUUGGCGUACUAAUGUCAUAGCCGUUGUAGCAGGAGGUACCAGACCAAAGUUUGCAGAUAAUACAGUUUUAAUAUAUGACGAUCUGGCAAAAAAAUUUGUCAUGGAAAUUACCUUCACCAGCUCCAUCAAAGCUGUGAGACUUCGUAGAGACAAACUCAUAGUUGCUUUACAACGAGAGAUCCAUGUAUUUUCGUUUCCUUUACCAACAAGAAGAUUAUUGACUCUUGAGACCAGAGACAAUCCUAUGGGGCUUGUGGAAGUUGCUACUCUUGCUACUGCCCAUAAGCAGUUAUUAGCUUUCCCAGGACACAAAUUAGGUAGCGUACAAUUGGUAGAUCUGGGAUCCACCGAGGCUGGAAGUUCUAGCGCACCUUCUACUCUGGCUGCUCAUCAGGGGGCACUGGCAUGUCUAGCGGUAAAUGCAAGUGGAACAAUGGUUGCAACAGCAUCAGCUCAGGGAACUUUGGUUCGUGUGUGGGACGGAUUUCGUAGGAAUUUAUUGGUUGAAUUAAGAAGAGGAGCCGAUCCUGCAACAGUUUAUUGCAUUACUUUUAGCCGAGAUUCCGAAUUUCUUUGUGCCUCUAGUGACAAGGGAACUGUUCACAUAUUUGCUCUGAAAGAUACUCACCUCAACCGCAGAUCAACGUUUUCCAAAAUGGGAUUUCUUGGCAAUUACGUUGAGAGUCAAUGGGCCUUGGCUACGUUUACAGUGCCACCAGAAUGUGCAUGCGUUUGUGCGUUUGGUUCCAGAAGCUCAGUCAUAGCUGUUUGUAUGGAUGGCACAUUCCAUAAAUACGUAUUCACAGCCGAUGGUAAUUGCAAUCGAGAGGCUUUUGAUGUUUUUCUCGACGUUUAUGAUGAUGAGGAGUUUUGAGAUGAUCUUUAUAGUUUUUAUUUUCCUUCAAAAUAUUAUUCUAUUGUAAAUAAAAUGUACAGUUUUAUGUGGAAUAGACAUUCGAAUGGGACUUUUUUGGAGGAAGAAAAAGCUGUAAGCUUGUACAUUGAAUGACAUAAUAAAUUAUAUUUCUUUACUAAA